UUCAUUUCAAUGAAAAAACAAUAAAUAAAUUCGUCUUGAUCGGAUCGAUUUUAUUUAUUUCAUUCAUUCAUUUAUUAUUGAUCGAAACAAAUUAACCGAAUCAUUCAAAUCAAGAAACAAAAUGUUCUCAGUUGUAUCCAACUUUCCUAAUUAUUACGAUGAUCUAAUAUAUUUCGUUUAUGAAAAACAUCGACAACGUAAAGAAGAUUAUCAAACCAAAUUAAAAAUACGUCAAAAAUUUUAUGAUAUACUUAAUAAUCAAUUGGAUAAUGUUCAAUUUGAUUUAUAUAUGGUUGGUUCAACACAAACACAAUUUUCAUUACGUUCAAGUGAUAUGGAUCUUUGUAUGUUGGUUUAUGAUAAUGAUGGCCAUAUUGAUCAACGUUAUCGUCAUGAUAAAACAAUGGCAAUCAAAUUACUUAAAUCAAUUAAAGAUAUUUUAAUGAAAAAAUUUCAUCUAACAAAUGAAAUCAAUUUACUAAUGAAUGCCCGUGUACCGAUUCUAAAAAUUGAAACUGAAUGGAAUUUUUAUCGUUUAGCUGUUGAUUUAAAUUUGAAUGGUGAUCUAUCCAUCCGGAAUACAUUUUUAUUAACAUUUUAUCAAGAACUAGAUGAUCGUGUUGCACCAUUAGUCAUAGCAAUUAAAUCAUGGGCACGUAAAAAUUGUAUCGAUUCACCAUUUUAUGGUAUGCUUUCCAGUUAUAGCCUUAGUUUAAUGGCCAUACAUUUUCUACAAAAUAUUCAACCACCAAUUUUACCAUUAAUGCAAAUUGAAUUAUCAUCUGGAUCAUCGACUGAUGAUCAACAACAACAAUUUGAUCAUAUUGUUGAUAGUGGUCGUUUACAAGAAAAUCUGGAUAUUUUCCUAUUGGAAACACGAAAAAAAUUUCAUUGCCAAAAUCAUUGGUCAUUAGGUGAAUUAUUCUAUCGUUUUAUUGAAUAUUAUCAACAACGUUUUGAUUAUCAUCAAACAUUUUCGGUUCGUAAAUUAUUUGAUAAUCGAUUAUCAUCAUCGAUAACCGGUUCAUCAUUUAUUGUGAUUGAAGAUCCAUUUCACUAUCAUAAUACAGCCAGUUCGGUUACAUUAUCAUCAUUUAUUACCAUAAUGAAUGUAUUCAAUCAUACAUAUUCGUCGCUGAAAUGUUUUACAUUAUCGGAACAAUUUUUUGAUUUUUAAAAGAAAUCAAUUCAGUUUUCUUUAAAGAAAAAAGUGCAGCAUUUUUUUUACAAAUGUUUGCUGCUAAAUUAAUCGGAUGAAUAUUAUUUUGGUCGAUCAAUAGUAAAAAAAAUGAUUUUUUUCAUAUUAAAUAGAAAAAAUGUUUUUUUUUUUGUUGUUGAAUGUUUUAAUGUUUGAAA